UUGGCACUUUUCACCGAGCACACUUUUCGCCUAUCCAUCUCCGAGAUCCGGAACCAUGAUCAUUAAUGGUCUGGAUGCUAUAUAAUGACGACAUCAUCCAUACUGACACGACUUGGGGAAGUGGAAGCAGAGGAGCAAUAUGCACAAACAGCAUUAUCUUCCGCUCGUAAAGACCGAAUCUCAGGACAGCCAAGAAGACAGACAGUUUUCAUACACAAUCCACCAGACGUUAGUCGUCCUAUAACAGUGUACGACAAGGUCAACAAAUGGCUCGAUCGACCGGCACAAACUGCACCAGGCUCUCCAUUGCUGGACUUCUUCUUGAAACACCAGCGUCACCAUGUCAUACUUGACAACAUUUACCAGCGAUUGGACAUUGAAGAUGUUCUUGCUGUGAGCCGAACUUGUAAAGCCCUGUCUUCAUUUUACAACAACAUGCUGCCUUUUCACUGGAACAUCAACAGGAGACUCGCACGAUUUGUGAACGAUCCAAAAGAGUUCAGAUCAAAGCUUGGGCAGGCAGAUGCCCUAAUUUCUGGUACCUUCGCACUGUUGUUUUUUGCACAACUUUAUUGGCUCGAUUCUGGAUUGGAUAUCUAUGUUCGUCAAGGACCCAAAGCCGACGCCCUGAUCGAGUAUAUCGCCAGCAACAAGAGCUACGAACUUGACUUUAGCUAUGGUUGGGCAGAUGAUGACCAGUACCGCACUCUCACUAAAGUUCUGAUCUUCCAGCGAGUUGCGCCGCCAAAGUCGCCGCAGAUCAGAUUUCAUCUCACCAUCUCGUCACCGCUACACAGUAUUCUGACCGAUUGCGCCUGGUCCACGGCGCACGUCAACGUCAUUGCUUGGAACAAGGCAUACUGUGUUUUUCCUCAUCUGACCUUCAUCAACCGCAAAAUGUACUUUCUCCAAGAUCAAAAUGAGUCUCUGACUCAGAUACUGGAAGAUUACUCAGCCAACGGAUGGCAGACGUCGGACAGGAUUGAUCAUGAUCAACUCGAGGGAUCCAAGAAGCCUGGUGUACGAGAGGGAUCUAGAAGACUUAGUGACUCGUCGACAUGGAUCAUACCCCUCAACCUGCACGAAAUACGCGCACCCGAGACUCCGAACUCGGUGCUAGAGAGCUGCGUCUUCCAGAUUUGUCCAGACCCGAGACCUCGAGAAACAUCACAUACUGGUUCAGAGUCGGAAAGACUGAAGAACUUCAGCAUCAGCGCGCCAGUCUCCUCAAUACCACAGCCACUAAGCAUUUCUCAGAGCCAAGAACGAAUACGGAGCUUGCAAGUCAAAGUUGGGUCGAUACCACCGCCACCGAUACCGCCACGAAGAGCUAGAGGCAUGACGACAAGCAGGCUAUCAUCACGACCUACGUCACCGCUGGACUCUGUGUGUGAGGUAUUGCCCCUUUCGAUUAGAUCUUCUACCACAGCGCCUAAAAUACCCCCGCCCGCAAUAUCAAGCGAUCGCAGGAACACAUCGGAGGCUGUCUCGACCAAGUCCAGUAGCUUUUUAAGGCCAGGUAGACGUGUGGUAUCAGAUCAAGCUCAUUCUUCUGUCCGGCACAAGCGCUCUGGAAUGACAGUCAUGUCCGGCGACAUGGCCACUGUUGUCUCGGCGCUUCGAUCGGGAGAGAUUACCAGAACAGUAGCGACAUCAACAUCUACUCAGGCUGAAAAUACAGCGGGCUCGUGGUCUCAGGAGGUUGAGCAUCUCUCCCUGAAGAUCAGACGACCAAAAGCUCGUAUGCCUCCUCCUCUGAUACUCUCUACUGCAAUACCUGGACCACUGGUUCCCGAUCUUCUAACGCCACCUCCUGAUACUCCCUUACCGGCUAUACCCAACAAAGACCGGCCGAAGGAAAAGCUUUGCGACGUGCACGAAGAAACGAACUGGAUAUGAUUCUCGACAUAACAUCUUCUAUUGUUCAAGUCCAGAAUGCGACUGCUAGCCCAUUGUGACGACACGGAGCUGCUCGUUUAGACAAUUCACUUCCACCUUCAGGCGUUUCCUGCGACUGAAGAAUUAGCAGGAUGAAUCAAAGGCCAACCUACACGACAUGUCGACGCAAAUUGCGACACGUCAAAGAGCAAGAUAAGCCCAUCGUCAGCCUACGCGAUACUUCGAUGCAGAUAAGGAUUGCGAGAUAUCGAAAGCAAGAUCAUUUCCCUCUACAAGUCCCAGCAUCCAAAGCUGCCAGAAACUCAUUGAGAAAAACUCAGGUGGGAAACACGUUCCCUGCUCAAACAUAAAAGCUUUG